AUGUUUUAUAAAGUCAAAACAGAAUUACAAGGGUUUCCCUGCCCACCCCCUGAGUCUGGCGCCUUGGGCGCUACCGCUGCCUCCUCCAGUCUGCGCAGGCGCGGAGACUCGCCCGCCCUCCGCCUGCGCAGGCGCGUUCCCUUCCGCGCCUCAGCCCCUCCCCACCCCUCCCCACGCAGGCGCGUUCCCUUCCGCGCCUCGACUCGCCCGCCCCCCGCCUACGCAGGCGUGUUCUCUUCCGCGCCUCGGCUCGCCCCACCCUCCCUGCGCAGGCGCGUUUCUCGCCCCGCCCUUCCCCCCUGUAAUCCGCCCGCCCAGGCGCGUUCCCUCCCACCGCGCUGUUUUUUCUGGUCUUUGCGCCGCCCUCAUUCGCCAGCGAGCGCGUCGCCGGCCCGGGCCGUGGCGGCACUCCGCCGAACCUCUUUCCCGCCUGCCCGCCCGCCCGCCCGCCGUGCUGAUCCGUGCCGAGCCGUGCUGCGCUCUAGGUCCGCGCUCGCGAUCACGGGGCGCGCACUCGGGCUGCGGCGGCGGCGGGGCUCUGGCGGGCGGCUGCAGGGCGGCUCUGCGGCCCGCAAGUUGGGCUCGGCGUUGCUGAUGCUGGAAGACCAGGAGAAUGUGGACCCGGUGGGGGCACCCGUCCCACAGCCGCGCACCCGGGCGGCGCUGGCGGUGCUCAAGGGCGCGCGCGGGCGGGCGCCGCAGCUGCAGCGGCCGAAGGCCAGACGAGUUGCGCCCCUUAAGGAUCUUCCUGUAAACGAUGAGCAAGUCGCUGCUGCUCCCUGGAAAGCAAAUGUUAAACAGCCUGCAUUCACCAUCCACGUGGAUGAAGCUGAAGAGCCACAGAAAAAGCCUGAUGAGCCCAGCAAGGAAUGCGAAGAUGUCUUGGCAUUUAAUUCCGCUAUUAGCUUACCGGGACCAAGAAAACCACUGGUACCUCUUGAUUAUCCAAUGGAUGCUAGUUUUGAGUCACCACACACUAUGGACAUGUCGAUUGUCCUGGAAGAUGAAAAGCCAGUGAACGUGAAUGAAGUGCCAGACUACCAUGAGGACAUACAUACAUACCUUAGGGAAAUGGAGGUUAAAUGUAAGCCUAAAGUAGGUUACAUGAAGAAACAACCAGACAUCACUAAUAGUAUGAGAGCUAUCCUCGUGGACUGGUUAGUGGAAGUAGGAGAAGAAUAUAAACUCCAGAAUGAGACACUGCAUUUAGCAGUGAACUACAUCGAUAGAUUCCUCUCAUCGAUGUCAGUGUUGAGAGGAAAACUUCAGCUGGUAGGCACUGCAGCUAUGCUGUUAGCUUCAAAGUUUGAAGAAAUAUACCCCCCAGAAGUAGCAGAAUUUGUAUACAUUACAGAUGAUACCUAUACCAAGAAACAAGUCCUGAGAAUGGAGCAUCUAGUUCUUAAAGUCCUUGCUUUUGAUUUAGCUGCACCAACAGUAAAUCAGUUUCUUACCCAAUACUUUCUGCACCAGCAAUCUGUAAACUGCAAAGUUGAAAGCUUAGCAAUGUUUUUGGGAGAGUUAAGUCUAAUAGAUGCUGAGCCUUACCUCAAGUAUUUGCCAUCCAUUAUUGCCGGAGCCGCCUUCCAUUUGGCACUCUACACAGUCACAGGGCAGAGCUGGCCUGAUUCGUUAAUUGAAAAGACUGGUUAUACUCUGGAAAAUCUUAAGCCUUGUCUCAUGGACCUUCACCAAACCUACCUCAGAGCACCACAGCAUGCACAACAAUCAAUAAGAGAAAAGUACAAACACUCAAAAUAUCAUGGCGUUUCUCUCCUCAACCCACCGGAAACACUAGACGUGUGA